AUGAUUGAUGAAAACCUGCCGACGUUCUUCCUCAAGAACACCCUGCAGGGCAGUCAACAGAGUACGAUAUACCAUCGACAAUAUGGCAACGACCCGGAACCCGCCUACAAUCUGCGCUUCCUGGACCCGAACCUGCCCACGUCCCGAAAUCGCUACGGGGUCGCCCUCUACGACCCCUACGUGCCAGACAUCGUGUACGGUGAGGUCGCCGUGAUCCCUGAAUGGACCCAGCCGAGCCUGUCAGCCGACACGAUUCGGGCAAAUGGCGGCGCCACACCUCUGCCGGAGCCCAUUCUCCCAACCACAUUCUCCAUCCAGCUCUACAACCCGGACCAGCAGAUCGUGAUCACACACCAACCGAAGUCAUGGAACAAGCCAGCACGGUGGGAAUUCGAGAUGCCGCAGCGCACAUUUAGGGUGCCAUCUUCGUCAACCCUAGAUCGGACACAGAGCGACCCCGCUGCUGCGGAUGUGACGCCGAAACUGCGGUUUAGUUGGCGCAAGGAUGGAAAGCUAUCCAAGGACCUAUCGUGCUUGUUGCACGGUAAAUCCUCGACAAUCCCGGAUACUCGAACCAAGACUCGCGAGCCGGAUAUCACUGUGGCGCUGUUCCAGAGCCUGCGCGAGCUGACACUGUACGAGCCCAAUCUAUACCGCGUGGAGAUGGAGGACUUCAAGGGCCUGGAGGUGGUGCUCUUGCUCGCAGCAGUGGCCAUCCGCGAUAUCUUCCUCGGCCCCGCGAAGGAAGCCUUCCACAUCGUCGGCGGCGCACCCCCCAUCGGCACCCCCAGACCACAGCAGACCGCCCCGCCAGUCCGUAACAGCCCAGGAACCCAACCCCAAUCCGCAACCGCCGUGCAAACCGGCAAACCAUCCCCACCACGCCUCACAAUCCCGCAGACCCCAUCCCCAGCACCCCAAGCGCGCCAGCGCCAGGAUGAGCGGGCCAAGCAGGAAGCCCGGCGCACGCAAGAGCUCCUCGCAGCCGAGCAGCGCGCCCGUGACAAAACCCGCCGCCAGCGGGAAUCCGCAGUCAACGCCGAAACACAACGCCUCCAACAGCUCUACGGCCGCGAAGAGCAACAGGUUCGCGUCGGUGCAUCUGCGAAGCCCACCCCUUCCCCAGCCUCCCGCCCCAACCUCCCACCCCGACACACAGGGCCUUCCCGCCCGUCCUCGCACCAACACUCGCAGUCCUACUCACAGUCCCACUCACACCUCCCACUCGGUCAACCACCCCGGCACUCACGCCCGCAGCACCCGUCCGGCACACCAGUCCCCACCUUCGCCAACAGCCCGUACAUGCACGGCUCCGCCGGCCGUCUAGACCCUCGCGCACAGUCGACGAUGCAUCUCGCGCAGCCGCGGCCGCGGCCGCAGCUGCAGCAGGUGCGGCCCCAGUCAACCGUGGGAUUCUAUCCUGCGCCGGCAGGCAGUGGAGCGCUGGCACCGGGUCCGAGGCCAGCCCCCCAGCAGAUACAGCCGAAGAAGAGCGGUUUCUUUGGGUUCCGCCGGAGCAAGGAGGAGAGUGGGCAGCGGACGAAGCUGGAUAAAAAACGGAGUUCGAUGUUUUGA